UAAGUGAUGGUCUCAAAAUGGUUAAGAAUAUCGCAAGCAAAAUUCGAGAAGGUAAUUCAGUAUACUUAAUGCUAGUAUCUACUAUUCCAUAUAAAAGUGUAUUUGAGCGUCUUGCAUUAAGAGAUAAUAAUUUUGAACAAAUUAUGCCUUCUGAUGAAGAUUGGAAAAGAGCUGAGAGUAUUUGUAAUUUCUUAGGACCAUUUUAUGAAG